AUGUCUUUUGACCAUAUGUCUGAUUGUGAAUUAUUAAACAUGGUUGCCCAAAAUAUGAUUGUUCUAAAAAAAGAGUUCUUGCAAUUACAAGGCACUUAUGAAGCGCAACAUGAUCAAAUAGCGUUACUAAGGGCUGAACUUGAAGAACAUCAAGACCAAUCACGCCCUCCUCCCCCACCUCCACCUGCUGGCACCAGCACAGCCACAAACAUCCCUCCUGCCCCCGCAACAUCUUCCUCCAAUCUAAAAUUUGCCAAGCCAAACAAAUUCAGUGGCAAAAAGGAAGACACCCUAAAUUUCAUUAUUGCCUGCCAGGCUUAUAUAAGGGCAAAAGGGGCCAACCAAUCCCAUGAAGAAAAAAUUUUAUGGGUUACAUCAUACUUUGAGGGAGCGGCUGAAGACUGGGUUCGCCCAUAUAAAGAAAGGAAGGUAUUUAGGGGUGAGGCGGUCCCCUUAUUAGAAGAUAUUGAUGUAUUUUGGGCCAAAUUCACCAAACAUUAUGUGGACACAAACCGUGAUGAAAAAUAUCGCCAAAAAUGGAACAAUUUACAACAAAAGGCUUCAGUACAGGAAUAUACUUGUGAAUUCCAACAGUACUCAGUCUCUCUUGGGUACAGUGAUGAGACACUGCGGGACAAAUACUACGACGGCCUCAAGAACGAGAUUAAGGACAUCAUGCUGUCAACUAUGUUCCAAUGGCGUCGUGCUACAGCCCAACAGGUUUAUGACAAGGCAGAGGAAAUUGCUAACCAUAUUGAAUCUACGCGCCUAUCCAACUCCUCUGUCUCCACUGUCCGUACCACUUCCACUGCUGUCCCCACUUCCACUUCCAAUCCCACACCCACUUGUACUCGCCUCAAUGUGGGGGAUAAUGUUUAUAUGAUUGACCCAACCACUCGUUGCGCCAAAAAAGGCGCUAUCACUUCAAUUGUUUGCACCACCUCUGGCAAUAUGCCAAACGUUAGGUGGAAUGGAGAAUCAAAAGAUACUAUGAUCCCAUUCCCCUCCCUUAAAAAAGACAAACGCCCUGCCGCCGCUGCCCCUGUUAAACCAAUCAUUGCUCCCACCCCUGUCCUGGCUUUGAAUUCCAAGGGCCCAGGUCCCAUGGACCUGGAUGGAAGAGGCUUUGCAAAUCUCACUUGCCAUGUAUGCAGGGGUAAAGGCCAUUUUGCGCAAAACUGUCCCUCUAAGCCCAUGUCUGGACAUGUGGCAAAUGUAGAAUGGUCCUGGGAAAGGCCCAAGGAAGAAAGCCAAAUUGAAGUUGUCUCUGAUGAGGAGGAAUCGGGAAAAGGAAAAGCCAAGGCCGACUAA